AUGGGUGCGGUGGACAAGGAUGUGGCUGAGAAGUUCCUGGACAGCAACCCGGCGUUCGCCAAGCAGUACUACGACACCAAGUUCCGUCCGCAACUCAUCUCAGAUCUGCUGGGCGGCAAGGUCAGCGUGCACGUGGACCGGGCCAAGUUCCACGCGCUGAACUCGCUGGAGGAGAGUGAGAUCGUGUUUGACCUGAUCCGUGACAUCCAGGAGGACAUCCAGAUGGAGAAGGCCACCUUCAAUGUCAUGCGGCACAUGAGCUUCAUGAUCCGUGCAGACCGCAUGAGCCUGUUCAUGUACCGCCAGCGCAACGGCGUGGCCGAGCUGGCGACACGCCUCUUCAACGUUCACAAGGACGCCACACUGGAGGAAUGCCUGGUGCCUCCAGACAGUGAGAUUGUCUACCCGCUGGACAUCGGCAUCAUCGGACACGUGGCACUCACCAAGAAGAUGGUCAACGUCAAGGAUGUCUCGCAGGAUGAGCACUUCAGCGACUUUGUGGACACCCUGCAAAACUACCAGACCAAGAACAUCCUGGCCACGCCCAUCAUGAACGGCAAAGACAUGGUGGCUGUCAUCAUGGCCGUCAACAAACUGGAUGGGCCACACUUCACCACUGAGGAUGAGGAGGCUUUCAAUAAAUACCUCAACUUUGCCAAUCUGGUGGUGCGAGUGUAUCAUCUGAGUUACCUGCACAACUGUGAAACCAGACGUGGACAGGUGCUGCUGUGGUCAGCCAGCAAGGUGUUUGAAGAGAUGACAGACGUCGAGAGGCAGUUCCACAAGGCACUCUAUACGGUCAGAGAAUUCCUCAACUGUGACCGCUACUCUGUUGGCCUUCUGGACAUGACCAAGACUAAGGAGUUCUAUGACCAGUGGCCUGUGCUGAUGGGAGAAGUGCCUCCGUAUGAUGGACCCAAGACCCCAGACGGAAGAGAAAUUAAUUUCUACAAAGUGAUUGAUUACAUCCUUCAUGGCAAAGAGGAUAUCAAGGUCAUUCGGAGUCCUCCUGCUGAUCACUGGGCUCUUGUCAGUGGACUUCCGGGCUAUGUUGCUGAGACGGGACUGAUAUGCAAUAUCAUGGAUGCUGGCCACGAUGAUUUCUUCAACUUCCAGAAAGGGCCCUUGGAUAGGUCGGGUUGGACUAUCAAGAACGUCCUGUCUCUGCCCAUAGUCAACAAGAAGGAAGAAAUUGUCGGUGUGGCUACGUUUUACAACAGGAAGGACGGCAAGCCGUUUGACGAUAUGGAUGAGGCACUGAUGGAGUCACUCACACAGUUCCUGGGUUGGUCAGUGCUGAAUACAGACACCUACGACAAGAUGAACAAACUGGAGAACCGGAAAGACAUCUUCCAAGACAUGGUCAUGUACCACAUCAAGUGCCGCAAGGACGAGAUCCAAUAUGUCCUGAACACGCGUGAGCGCUAUGGUCGAGAACCGCAUGACUGUGAGGAAUGGGAGCUGGAAGACAUCCUGAAAGAGGUGCUGCCCGAUGCUAGGCAGUCUGAGAUCUUAGAGUUCCACUUCUACGAUGCCCAUCACACAGAGCUGGACCUGGUCAAGUGUGGCAUCAGGAUGUACUAUGAGCUGGGGGUGGUCGACGUGUUUCACGUCCCUCGAGAGGCCCUGACGAGAUUUUGUUACUCUCUGAGUAAAGGUUACCGUGCAAUCACCUACCACAACUGGAGACAUGGGUUCAAUGUGGGCCAGACCAUGUUCACACUCUUAAUGACGGGGAUGCUGAAACGCUACUACACUCCUCUGGAGACUUUUGCCAUGGUCACUGCUGGCCUCUGUCAUGACAUUGACCACCGUGGCACCAACAACCUCUACCAGAUGAAAUCUGGCAACCCCUUGGCAAAGCUGCACGGCUCUUCCAUUCUGGAAAGGCACCAUCUGGAGACUGGGAAGAACCUUCUGCGGGAUGAUGCACUGAAUAUCUUCCAAAACCUCACCCGGGAACAGCAUGCAUUUGUCAUUCGCCUGAUGGACAUUGCUAUCAUUGCCACCGACCUUGCCCUCUACUUCAAAAAGAGGACAAUGUUCCAGAAGAUUGUGGAUCAGUCCAAAACUUUCGAGGAUCAGGCCGAGUGGGUCAAGUACAUGCAGGGGGAAUCAACCCGGAAGGAGAUUGUUAUGGCCAUGAUGAUGACAGCAUGUGACUUGUCUGCCAUUGCCAAACCCUGGGAGGUUCAGAGCAAGGUGGCCCUGUCUGUGGCAGCAGAGUUCUGGGAGCAGGGAGAUCUGGAGAGGACCGUUCUAGAGCAGCAGCCCAUUCCCAUGAUGGACCGCACCAAGUCUGCUGAUCUGCCCAAAAUGCAGUGCGGUUUCAUCGAUUUUGUCUGCGCUUUUGUGUACAAGGAGUUCUCCCGGUUCCAUGAGGAGAUUACCCCCAUGCUGGACCGCCUGCUAAACAACCGGAAGGAGUGGAACGCACUCAAAGAGAUCCACGAGGCCAAACUCGCCGCCAUAGAGGCUGAGAAGCAGGCCAAGGAGGAGGCCGAGAACGCAAAAUUAGCUGCUACCCAAGCGCCACCACCACCGGCGCAGUCCAAGUCCUGCCGUAUCAGCUGA